GACGACUCCCUCAGCCCGAGCCGCCGCCGCCGCCGCCUCCUCCGCAGCCCCGGCUUCCCAGGCUCCAGAUUUUAGAUACCUGAAACAUCACAGCAACUUCUGGGUGGUUCUGAGGAUUAAAGAGGUUUGGAGGUUGCUAUGUUCAUGCUGCUUGUCUUUGGAGCAUUGCUUCCUGAGGUCCCCCUGAGUGGCCAAGACAAGGCUCCUCCCCAGGCCAAUGGCAUUCCAGCCACCCCUCUGUUCAACUAUGCCAGCCUCCGCCUGCCGGAAGAGCAUAUUCCCUUCUUUUUGCACAAUAAUAGGCAUAUUGCCACAGUCUGCAGGAAAGACUCACAUUGUCCUUAUAAGAAAUACUUAGAAAACUUGAAAUACUGCUGGGGUUAUGAGAAAUCCUGCAGACCAGAGUUCAGAUUUGGUUACCCUGUUUGCAGCUAUGUGGAUAUGGGAUGGACGGACACUCUUGAAUCAGCCCAGGAAAUAUUCUGGAAGCAAGCUGACUUCGGAUACGCCGGAGAGCGUCUGGAGGAGCUCCAUGUGCUCUGCCAGCCGAAGGAAAAGAAUGACUCAAGUCUGGUGUGUUCCCGUUACCUUCAGUACUGCAGAGCCACCAAUAUCUACCUUGAUUUAAGAAACAUCAAGAGAAACCAUGACAGAUUCAAGGAAGAUUUUGUCCAGAGUGGGGAAAUUGGAGGACACUGUAAACUUGAUAUUCGUUCAUUGAUGUCUCAAGGUCAGCGCAAAAGCCCUUUGCAGUCUUGGUUUGCGGAGCUACAGAGCUACACUGAGCUCAAGUUCAGACCUGUAGAAGAUGCUCAGUGUGACAUUGUUAUUGAAAAACCAACCUACUUCAUGAAACUAGAUGCAGGUGUUAACAUGUAUCACCACUUCUGUGAUUUCAUCAAUCUUUACAUUACCCAGCACGUUAACAAUUCCUUUAGCACAGACGUGUACGUUGUGAUGUGGGACACGAGCUCCUAUGGAUAUGGUGACCUAUUCUCCGACACGUGGAAAGCAUUUACUGAUUAUGAUGUUAUACAUUUGAAAACUUAUGACUCCAAAAGGGUAUGUUUUAAAGAAGCUAUUUUUUCCUUACUUCCUCGGAUGAGAUACGGGCUGUUCUAUAACACCCCUCUGAUCUCUGGGUGUCAAAAUACUGGGUUAUUCAGGGCAUUUUCCCAGCAUGUACUGCACAGACUGAACAUCACACAAGAGGGUCCCAAGGGUGGAAAAAUUCGAGUGACCAUUCUCGCACGGAGCACAGAGUAUCGGAAAAUACUGAACCAAAAUGAGCUUGUAAAUGCACUGAAAACAGUAUCUACAUUUGAGGUCCAGAUUGUUGAUUAUAAGUAUAAGGAACUUGGGUUUUUAGAUCAGCUGAGAAUCACGCAUAACACAGACAUAUUUAUUGGAAUGCAUGGAGCUGGUCUUACCCAUUUGCUUUUCCUUCCAGACUGGGCUGCGGUGUUUGAACUGUACAACUGUGGAGAUGAACGUUGUUACUUGGACCUGGCUAGGCUGAGAGGUGUCCACUACAUCACUUGGCGAAGGCAGAACAAAGUCUUUCCUCAAGAUAAGGGCCACCACCCAACUCUGGGGGAGCAUCCAAAGUUUACCAACUAUUCUUUUGAUGUAGAAGAAUUUAUGUACCUUGUCCUUCAGGCUGCAGAUCAUGUAUUGCAACACCCAAAGUGGCCAUUUAAGAAAAAACAUGAUGAGCUAUAAAUCUGUUGAGUCUUUUUGCCAAAAGGGAGUUCUUGAGCAGUCCUACAGAGUCCCAGACUUACUUCACAGUUAAAUAGGUAAAACAGCCUGUUAUCUCCUAGCC